AUGCCGUUGGACUCGAAUAUUGUCGACUGGGACGGUCCCGAUGAUCACGGAAAUCCAGUCAACUUCAGUGGUCUGAUCAAACGCACUAAUGUCGGCAUCCUCAUGGAGGGAUUUAACACUACAAAUACGCUGUUGGGCUCGUUCGUGGUGACGGUCUAUGUGUUGGGUUUUGCCGUUGGACCACUCAUUCUGGCGCCGGCCUGGGAGCUCAUCGGGCGAGUCGUUAUCUACCAUAUUUGCAGUCUCGGCUUCACGGUGUUUAGCAUUGCAUGCGCUGUGAGCACCAACAUGGGGAUGCUCAUCGUCUUUCGGCUUUUCCAGGGCUGCUUUGGCUCGGCCCCCGUGACAAAUGGGAAAAUGGGGAGGCGUCCUCGCCAUCUACGCCCUCGGACCCUUCCUGGGCCCCGUCAUCGGGCCAGUAGCAGGAGGGUACCUGACCGCAGCCAAGGGCUGGUGUUGGGUCUUCUGGGCUCUCGUCAUUAUGGGCGGAUUCUAUACCAUCAUGUGCUUUCUCUUCUGCGAGAAACCUAUCCCACCGUCCUCCUGAAGCGCAAAACACAACGCCUCAUCAACGAAACCGGCAACACGAACCUCCGCUCCAAACGAGACAACGGCCUCUCCACCGGUCAGCUCUUCCUUCAAGCCAUUACCCGCCUAUUUAAAAUUCUAUUCUUGUCGCCGAUCGUCUUUGUGAGCUCGAUUUACGUGGGUAUAGUCUACGGGCACCAGUAUCUCAUGUUUUCGACCUUCACUGAAGUCUUUGAGAGCCAAUACCAAUGGCCAACUAAAUCCUCCGGUCUAAGUUUCCUCGGAAUCGGCGUUGGUGCGCUCCUCGGACUGUUCGUCAUUGGCGCUGUAUCGAAUCGUAUUAUCAAGGCCAAAUCCAAGCCCAUCCCAGAGACCCCUUCAGGUGGCAUGAAGCCGGAAUACCGUCUGCCACCAUUGGUCGUGGGUGCGUUCUACAUCCCGGCCGGUCUGUUCAUGUAUGGUUGGUCUACAUAUUACAAAACGCAUUGGAUCGUGCCGCUCAUUGGCGUUGCUAUCAUGGGAAUAGGCAAUAUUGCCGUUUUUAUGUGUAUUAUGAGUUACCUGGUCGAUGCGUUCACGAUCUACGCUGCUAGUGUGUUGGCUGCCAACACGGUCGUGCGUAGUAUUAUGGGUGCAUUGUUGCCAUUGGCGGGACCGGCCAUGUAUGAAUCGAUGGGACUGGGAUGGGGGAAUAAUUUGCUGGGAUUUAUUGCUGUGGCGUGUAUUCCUGUGCCGUGGGUGAUGUUGCGGUAUGGAGAGAGAAUGCGAUUGGCAUUUGAUGCAAGUAAACUAUAG